AUGCGGUCCUAUCGUCGUCUCAGUUGCCACAGUUCUCCAGCCUCCACAGCUGCACCUGUCACCACCAAAAUGAAAACGUCAGCCCCAUUAGAAAACAGAGAGCAGCCCCCUCCUCAUCACUGUCCUCCCUACCUCUCCUUAGUGACGUGCUGCUGCUGGGAGCCUCCUCGUCCCCCCUAUCCGGUGGAACCAGAGGGGAAGGAGGAGGAGGUGAAGGUGGAAAAGAAGAAGAAACAGGAGAGCCUGGAGGAGAAAGCGAAGGAGCAGGAGAGCAAGAAGGAACAAGAGAAUAAGGAGGAGGGGGUGUGGAAGGAAAAGAAGAAGAAGGAGGAAGAGGAGAGCCUGGAGGAGAAAGAGAAGGAGCAGGACAGCAAGAAGGAACAAGAGAAUAAGGAGGAGGGGGUGUGGAAGGAAAAGAAGAAGGAGGAGGAAGGGGAGAGCCUGGAGGAGAAAGAGAGGAAGCACAAGAGCCAGAAGGAAGGGGAGAGCCUGGAGGAGAAAGAGAAAGUGCAAAAGAGCCAGAAGGAACAGGAGAGCCUGGAGGAGAAAGAGAAGGAGCAAAAGAGCCAGAAGGAACGGGAGAGCCUGGAGGAGAAAGAGAAGGAGCAAAAGAGCCAGAAGGAAGGGGAGAGCCUGGAGGAGAAAGAGAAGGAGCAAAAGAGCCAGAAGGAAGGGGAGAGCCUGGAGGAGAAGGAGAGGAAGGACAAGAGCCAGAAGGAACGGGAGAGUGUGGAGGAGAAGAAGAAGGAAAAAGCUCACAGUAAAGAGGAAGUGGUGUUUCCCCCCAGCUUGGUGGAACCUCACAGUAAGAAGGGGGUGAGUCCAAGUGAGGCACCUGAAUGUCAGAGGUGGGGGGGACAACUUCCUCAACGUGGGAAGUGGGUGGGUCAAAGCGAGGCCGCCGACGUCUAGGUGGAGGUCUAGGUGGACGACCAAGCACAGCAACUGUGUGUGAAGGAGAUGAAGUCAGGAACUGGAGAUUGUCACGAACCAGUGUGGACGCAACAUGCAGUUACUGUACAUCAUUAUUGUUGCAGACUCCCUAAUUAUCACAUGUAUUCAAUAAGUUGAUGUAUGUAGUAAAGUGAAGUAAGGAAGAAGUUCCUAUGGACAAAUAAACCACCUGAUUAGUGUUACAACACAAUUCUGAUCUCGGUCUGUUAUUUAGCGCUUCAUGAAAGUGUUACGUCAUAAGUAAUAGGUCAUUAUUUUUACUGUUUUAACAAACAUAUUUAGAAUCUCACAGUAAAACAUGAAGAAAUACAAAUACAAAUGAUGUUUAACAUGGAACGUAUUUAUUACAAUUUGUUUCAAAUUAUUGAUGAAAAUCACUCGUCUCGACUGUCUUCUGUUUAGAGAUGGAGGCCAACACCGCUGAUUAUGUGAAGAGUCUCCCAAACCCAGCAGCACAGAGAAAGCAGUGACAAAGACACUUCCUCUAUGUGGUUAGGACUGGGAGGCUCCCCUCUGUCUGGACCGGAGGCUGGAGGGAGCAAAGAGCUGCAGGAAGCUAGAAGAAACAUCACAAACAGAUGUGUUGUUAACUUUGUGAUGUGAAGCUUAUCACCACUUUACUACUCAGGUAAAUUACUGCUCAGGCGAUUACUUAUAGCAUUGAGCCUCCAUAGACACGGGUGACAACUUCUCCUAUCGUCCUAUGCGGUCCUAUCGUCGUCUCAGUUGCCACAGUUCUCCAGCCUCCACAGCUGCACCUGUCACCACCAAAAUGAAAACGUCAGCCCCAUUAGAAAACAGAGUGAGUAAAUACAUCAGACAAAUACUUGAAGGGCAUUUUAGAUGUCUUUACCGUUUCCAUGGUGUCACCUUCUGCAGCUAAAAGGACAGAAAGACAAAAUAUUAAACUACUGUCAAUUAAAAUGUAUAAAAAGUAAAAUGAAAACUUAUCCCGACUAAACAUCUUUAUUUGCUUACCUUGCGCUUUUUUUAACUUAAUCUAUAGAAAAAAUAUAUUAAAACAAAUAAAGUGUCACGAGAUACAGUAAGUGGAACUUAAAAGAACAAAUAAGAGUUUUACGUGUCUCCUCACCUCCUUCUCCUCGUCUCCCGGUGCCCUCAUCUCCUUCUCCUUGGAAAACUGAAUGUGCAGAAAGAUGAUUAAUUUGUAGGAUCACGUUGAAUUUCAAUGUAAUACAAACAUUUAUUUCUACUCAACUCCUUCUUUUGACAUCUUUGAAAUUGUCACACAAUCAAAAUCUUGUACUCACCUUUGUCCACUGGACUGACAGACAUACUGGUCAGUGCAUCAGUAUCAGUGGCACUGCUCCCUGUGGUGUGGAGCAUGAUUAGAACAGCACACAACCAUGUGUCCCCUCCAUAACACAUGACACUGCAGUCCAUCCUGCUCUGCCACUGAGGAGCUUCAGUGGGAGAUGACAUGUGUCCCUGGUGCCACUGUGACUGAACUGACCUAUCGCUGUGGAGGAAAACACAGUAAUAAACAAGAUAGUUACCCUGCCAGACGCUAGGGCAACUUGCAUGGCGGGGUCGACGGCCCUGCCAGGCGCUGAACUCAGCCUCCAGGGUGAAAGAAAAGUCCAUCCAACCGCCAUGCUAAACUGUAAACGCAGGGCCCCAGGGCCAGACGCAACCUGGGACAAGAACUGCCCAGCCAGACGCAAAGGCUAGUUCUCGGGGAAAAUAUUAGCAUUCAAACUUGUAUU